AUGGCCUCCCAGAAUUCAUCCUCACUGAACAAGGCUGACAGUUCAAGGGUCUGCAUGGCCUUUGCAGAGUCCAGUUACGACACUCAGGCCACACACUUCAACCCGAGCGAUGGCUCAACAGACUACGGCAUCUUUCAGAUCAACAGCCGCUAUUGGUGUAGCGAUGGCAAGUUCCCCGGCAAAAAAGAAUGUCCAUUCACCUGCAACCAGCUGUUCUCCCUCCAGAAUAGCAUCGCUUGUGCCAAGAUCGUAGUGCAGAAGUGGACCAUGACAGCCUGGGACGGCUGGAAGGCCAAAUGUCGGGGCCAAAAUGUGAGCAAGUACAUCGCAGGAUGUGGCGUCUAA